AUGGCUAGCCCACCACCCGUCACCGAGGACCAGAACCGCCUCCUCGAGGAGGCAUUGGGGGUGGUGAGGCAGCAGUCGAGUCUGAUGCGCAAAUGCCUAGAGACUCCUGGAAAGCUCAUGGAUGCGCUGAAAUGCGGAUCGACUCUUGUCUCUGAACUACGAACCCCCAGUCUCGGCCCGAAGCAGUAUUACGAAUUGUAUAUGGCCGUCUUUGAUGCGCUGCGACACCUUUCCGUCUACCUAAAGGAGAACCACCCCGUCAACCACCUCGCCGACCUAUACGAGCUCGUUCAGUAUGCCGGAAAUAUCGUGCCCCGCUUGUACUUGAUGAUCACCGUGGGUACGGUUUACAUGUCCGUCCAAGAUGCGCCGGUCAAGGAGAUAAUGAAGGAUAUGAUGGAGAUGAGCCGAGGCGUGCAGCACCCGAUCCGUGGCCUGUUCUUGCGAUACUACCUCUCCGGCCAAGCACGGGAUUAUUUGCCCUCCGGAACCGGUGAUGGCCCAGAGGGUAAUAUGCAGGAUUCGAUCAACUUUGUUUUGACGAAUUUCGUGGAAAUGAACAAGCUUUGGGUUCGGCUUCAGCACCAGGGCCCCUCACGAGAGCGGGAUAGGCGCAUACAAGAACGACGCGAACUGGAGCUGCUCGUCGGUAGCAACAUCGUUCGACUCAGCCAAUUGGUUGAUCUGGAAGGGUACAAAUCCGGUAUUUUGCAAGCGCUUCUAGAACAGGUUGUACAAUGCCGAGAUGUCCUCGCGCAAGAAUAUCUCCUGGAAGUUAUCACAAAGGUCUUCCCAGAUGAGUUCCACCUGCAUACCCUGGACCUUCUAUUAUCUGCCAUCGCCAGACUUAACCCACACGUGGAUCUGAAGAAAAUCGUCAUUGGUCUUAUGGACCGUUUGUCUUCUUAUGCAGCAAGGGAAGCGGACUCAGCAGUAGAGCCAGAAGCACGGAAACAAAACGAGGAAGAAGCUGUCACCAAGCUAUUGCAAAAGCUCGAGCUUGCCAAAGAAACCAAAGCCGAAGAGGCAAAGGACGCCAGCAUCGAUGACACUUCCAAGGGAAAUGGUACCGAGAACGGCGAAGCAGAAACACCCAAAGAAAUCCCCGAGCCUGUUGAACCGCCAACGGAAGAAAAGCAGGUUGAGAAUGGGGACGACGCUAAGUCUGGUAUUCCAGCAGAAAUCAAGCUGUACGAUAUCUUCUACGACCAAGUGGUCAAUUUGAUCAAAACGCGUGCCUUGCCGAUUCAAGAUACCAUGGCGUUGUUGGUAUCACUUGUCAAUCUGGCAUUGAAUACCUAUCCAGAUCGGUUAGAGUAUGUCGACCAAGUCCUGGACUUCGCGACGCAAAAGACUGCCGAAUACACUGAUCAUGCCGAUUUGCAUUCGGCGCCAACCCAACAACACAUCCUCCACCUCCUCAAUGCUCCUCUCAAAUCUUACAUCUCGAUCUUCACGGCUUUGGCGUUGCCACAUUACCUGCCACUACUGACCUCACAGUCAUACCCCACAAGGAGGGCUGUAGCGGGCGAGGUCAUUCGCAGUCUUCUGAAGAACAAGAUCUUAGUAUCCACAACGGAAAACCUCGAUCGUGUGCUCCAGGCCGCAAGAGUAUUGAUUAAGGAAGGCAUGCAGCAGUCUGCUGGAUACCCCGGGUCACAGUCCCAACGGCGGGGAGGAGAAACCGAUGAGACGGUAGAAGAGCAAGGGUGGCUUGCGAGACUCGUGCACUUGAUUCAGGGAUCGGACAAUGACACCCAGCUAAAGCUCCUCCAAGCAACGCGCAAGGCAUUGGCCGAUGGCAACGAACGAAUCCGCUAUACCACCCCUGCAAUCAUAACGGCCUCGAUCCGAUUGGCCCGCAAACUGAAGUCGCGCGAGCAUUACGACGACAAUUGGCAAUCACAGUCAUCGGCUCUAUACCGAUUCAUGCACCAGAGCAUCAACAAUUUAUACCAGCGUGUAAAUCCUGGUUGCGCCGAUCUCGCACUGCGGCUGUUUGUCAUGUGUGGCGAGGUUGCGGAUCAGACAGGAUUCGAGGAAGUCAGCUACGAGUUCUUCGCACAGGCAUUCACCAUCUAUGAAGAUGCGAUCAGUGACUCGCGCGCCCAGUUCCAGGCCGUCUGCAUUAUUUCAGGCGCCCUAUAUGGGAGUCGUGGAUUCUCUAAGGAGAACUAUGACACACUCAUUACCAAAGCUGCGCUACACGGAAGCAAACUCCUCAAGAAGCCCGAUCAAUGUCGUGCGGUGUAUCUCGCAAGCCACCUCUGGUGGGUAGUUGAGAACCCUCAACGUGGAGAAGAUGAUCCCAAGGAUCUCUAUCGCGACGGCAAACGAGUUCUCGAGUGCCUCCAGCGCGCCCUCCGUGUGGCCGACGCCUGCAUGGACACGGCUGUCUCCGUCGAGCUCUUUGUGGAAAUCCUCAACCGCUAUGUCUACUAUUUCGACCAGCAGAACGAGACCGUCACUACCAAGUACCUGAACGGUCUUAUCGAACUCAUCCACUCCAACUUGCAGAGCAAUGAAGAUGAGGCAAAUGCUAAUCUCGAUGGCCCAAAGCGCCACUUCCAACGCACGCUGGAGUAUAUUCGCUCUCGCGAAUACGAAGGCAUUGUGACAGAUCCACCAAAGUAA